UCAGGGAGCGCAGCCGGCGCGGACGGAGCGGGCAGGUUUCGGCUCUUUUGCGGUUGGUGGUACCGCAACUCAGCCUCGCUGCCACGGGUUCAUCACGCCGAGAGGCGGCGGCUCCGCUCUCGCCCGGGGACUCGCGGCGGUGCCGCAUCUUUCUGGCUCCUCAGGGGCAGAUUCCCGUCGGAGCGGCGGGCAGGCGCCCCGCUCCCGCUGCCUCCCGAGGGAAGCCGGGCAGGGCUCGCACCUCCCGCCCGCCGCCCCGGCAGCGGGGAGCCCCGGCCCCAACUCCUCAUUGGCCGCCGAGGGCGGAGGGAGGAUGACGCCCGGGCGGGCGCGGGGGUAUAAAGGGCGGGCGGGCCGGUACCGCCGCGCUCCCGCCAUGCCGCGCGGGUUCCUCGUCAAGCGCAGCCGGCGCCCCGGCGGCUCCUACCGGGAGCGUCGCCCGGAGCGGGACCCGCCGCCCGCGGGCAGCCCCGUUGCGGGGCGGCGGGAGGGGAGGGAGGAAGAAGAGGAGGAGGAGGGGGAAGAAGGCGCCGCCCGCCCCGCCGCGCGUCCCCCCGGCAUGGCCCCGGCGGAGGGUCCGCCCGCCUGGGGAGCGGCGGGGCCGCGGGCGGCGCUCUUCGAGCGGUGCCUGAGCUCGCCCGCCUCGGCCGAGUCCUUCCCGCUGGCCGCCGCGCUGCCGCCCGCCGAGGCGCCGCCGCCGCCCCGCGCCCCGCCGCCCAAGCGCCCGCCGCGGGCCAAGCCGCCGGCCAAGCGGGCCAAGGCCGCGCGGAAGCUGAGCUUCGCCGACGAGGUGACCACGUCGCCCGUGCUGGGGCUGCGCAUCAAGGAGGAGGGGCCCGAGGGCCGCCCGGGGCCGCCGGCGGGGCGCACGCCGCUGGGCGAGUUCGUCUGCCAGCUGUGCAAGGAGCGCUACGCCGACCCGCUGGCGCUCGCCCAGCACCGCUGCUCCCGCAUCGUGCGCGUCGAGUACCGCUGCCCCGAGUGCCACAAGAUCUUCAGCUGCCCCGCCAACCUGGCCUCGCACCGCCGCUGGCACAAGCCGCGGCCCGGGACCGGCGCCGACGGCUCCGCAGCCGCCGCCACCACCACCACCACCACCGCCGCGCCGGGCAAGGAGAACGGCCCCGAGCGGCGCCCCGCGCCCCAGCCGCCCCGUCAGCACCGCGGCGGCGCGGACAGCGCCGCGGCCCCGCCCGGCCCCGCGCCCGGCGCCGAGGCGUUGGCGUGCCCGUGCUGCCAGAAGCGGUUCCGGCGGCAGGCGUACCUGCGCAAGCACCUGGGCACCCACGCGCCGCCCGAGCGCGGGCAGCUCGCCUUCGCCUGCCACCUCUGCGGCGCCCGCUUCCCCUCGGCCGACGGCAGGGACAAGCACGGGCUGUGGCACGCCGUGCGGGAGGAGCUGCUGCUGCCGCCGCCCGCCGGGCCCCCCGAGGGCGGCGAGCGGCAGGGCUUCCCCUGCAAGCACUGCCCCGCCACCUUCUUCAGCGCGCCGGGGCUGGCGCGGCACGCCAGCAAGUGCCACCCGCCCGAGAGCAGGCAGGUCCUGCUGCUCCAGCUGCCCGUGCGGCCGGGCUGCUAGCGCCGGGAGACACUCCGGUGGAAGGAACGUCGCCGGCUCCCGAAGCUCCCGGGGCACCGAGCAUCCUCGGGCCGGGGGGGAGGGGGGGGGGCGUCGGAGCACCGAAAGUCCCGAAGUUCAGCUGUACAUACGAUAUUUAAAGAGA